AUGGGUAUUAUCCAGUUACCCGCGUAUGUUGAUUAUUGGUCUAAGGAUUUUAAAGUAGAUUGUGUUAUAAAUGUGAUGUCCCUCAAAAAAUAUCAGUUAAUAAGACGUUAUCUCCAUUUCAAUGACAGUGAAGUUGAAAAUGAGAGCAAUGACCGUUAUUACAAAAUUCGCCCUCUGUUUGAUAAAGUUAUAUCCAACUGCAGAAAGAUUGAAGAAGAAAGUAGAAUGUCCAUUGAUGAGAUGAUGGUACCGUAUAAAGGGAAGAAGUCAGGUGAAUUAAAACAAUACAUAAAAACUAAGCCUAAAAAGUGGGGGUACAAAAUGUUUGUUAGAGCAGGAGUCUCUGGUAUAGUGUAUGACGCAAUUCUAUAUGGUGGACAGUAUACUUUUUCGGGAAGGGAUUUUAGUAAUUAUGAAAAUACCUUGGGAUUGGGUGCCAAAGUUGUCCUUUCUUUAUGUCGCACGAUAAGAGAUCCCGUACUAACUGUGGUAUGCUUUGAUAACUAUUUUUCAAGCGUCGAGUUAAUGCACCAUCUACGAAACGAACUGGGUAUCUUGUCGAUUGGCACAUUUCAACAAAAUAGAACGAGAGGAUGUAUUCUGAAGGAUGACAAAGAAAUGAAGAAGAUGCCUCGAGGAUCGGUGGAUAUGAAAGUUUGUGAGGAAAAAAAAAUAGUUUUAGUGAAAUGGUUUGAUAAUAAAGGAGUUUUGCUAGGUAGUAACUACACCGGCGUUGAACCAAUGGGUGUAUGCAAACGAUAUUUCAAGGAUAAAAAAGAAUAUCGAGAGAUUCCUUGCCCAAACAUCGUAAAAGAAUACAACAAGCAUAUGGGCGGUGUAGACUUAGCCGAUAUGUUAGUGGCUAUUUACCGGACCAUCUACAAAACAAAUAAAUGGUAUAUGCCUAUUUUUUCUCAGCUGUUGGACGUGGCUAUAAAUAAUGCAUGGCUUUUGUACAGAAGGGAAUGUGGCCUCAAGACUGGCGUCGACGAUCAUAUUGCUUUGAAAGCAUUCCGUUUUAAAGUGGCACAAGAAAUGAGUUCAUAUAUUCCAAAAGCACUGGCUGAAAAUGUCGAGCCUCCGAAUCGAGUAAACCAACGCCGCAUAAUUAGCAGGCCUAUCGCAACUCGACCAGAAGCAGAAAGUCGAUAUGACGGUAAAGAGCACUUUCCUAAAAUCACAACAAAAGGCCGUUGUAGACUUUGUGUGAAAGGAAAAACUACUUUCUUGUGCAUAAAAUAUAACAUGCGUCUAUGUAUUCAACAAAAUCGCAAUUGUUUUUAUACUUUUCAUCAAAAAGAACAAGAAACAUAG